AAAAAAGGAAAAAGAUUAGGGAGGAGGAAGAUGAGUAUAUCGCGAUUUAGGGUUAACAGAAUUUGAAGAUUGUUUGCAAUUAAAAAGGAGACUGCUUUGUUCGAGUUUUGAAUGCGGAAGACGAAUUUGGAUCUUGGGUUUCACUUGAGGGUUGAAUUAGUUAAGAGUUUUUAAGUAAGUUGAGAUGUCAGUUAAAGCUAGGAGGAUCUCUGGUAGAUUAGAGACUGUAGUAACUAAGGUUAACUAUGCAUUUGAUCCGGUGGACGAUGACAAAAUCAUAAGAAACCGGCUUCUGACCCGAACCACUACCACUCGAGGCGAGCCUCCGUUGAAGAAACUUCAGAAGAAGUUCACUUCUUUUGUACUCGAAGUGGAUAAAGAUGAAGAGAACUUCAAUGAUUGCGGUAGGCUUGCAAAAGCUUUCUUACAAGAACUGUCUACUUUCGAGAUUCCGCUUCUGAAGAGCCAAGCUGUUGUGGAAGCAAACCGUAGGGAGAAAGAGAGCUUCAACGAGGUGAAAGAUGAGACCGAAAGGCAGAUAAGGCAGGCAAAAACUGAUAUUGAAGAUCUGAAGAAGCAGCUUGAGGAGAGUAAAAUAGAUAGGCAGCAUAAAGAAGAGUGUGAGACGAUAAGGAAACUGAUUUCUGCGCAACCACCAAGGUCAGAGACAGAGAAGGUCAUAUAUGAAUUAAACAAGGAGAUUGCUGAGCUUGAAGCAGAGAGCACUGCAAGUUGGAGAUUGCUUGAGCUAAGGAAGAAGCAGUUUGCUCUGCUGUUGCAUGUGGUGGAUGAGUUGCAGAACACAAUGGAAGAUGAGCAGAAGAGUUUGGUGGACGAGAUUCGGACAGCGUUGGAAGACCAGAGGAACAUAACCGAUGCCAUGUCUGUUGAUUAAGUCCAAAUCUGGAUACUUUGUAAGAAGAAACCUACAUUGUUUCAAAUGUUUGCUUUGUCAUCUAUUUGCUGUUGACAACCUCAACUGUGGUGAUCCGAACUAGUGGCUUCCGUUUACCAAAACCUGUGAUCUGAGUAGAAGAACUGAGAAAAAAACGUCGGAUCCUAUUUUUAUUCCAAACCGAGACCGAACUGUUGAUUCAAUUAAACCGACGUUGGUUUUUUAGUAAUAAA